GUAUGGAGGUGUCAGAGGACAGUCUCUCUGUGUGUGCACACCAUGUUCUAGUCAAACAUGCCUACCACAUUGGGGGUACUGUGAGUAGCCUGAGCUACAGCCUCACUCCCCAGGUGCUCCAGCCCAGACCUCAUUUCUCCCUGGACGUUAGGACCAAGUCUGCUGAGGGCCUGCUGUUCUAUGCAGCCACCAGAGGGGGGAGCUCCCACAUGGCUCUCUACCUGUCCAAGGGCAGGAUCAGACUGUCAGUAGGCAAGGGGAGGGAGAUUUUCAACAGGGAGAAGUACAACGAUGGAAGAUGGCACUCGGUAAUAUUCAGCCUAGAGAAGAAGAGGUUCCGGUUGGUAGUGAACGGUAUUAGGGCUCAGGAUGGACAGCUGACCAGUGAUGAGGCCACGCCCAUGGAACUGAUCUCUCCUCUUUACCUGGGAAGUGCUCCUGAUUCAUUGAACACAGAACUUAAAUGGAAGCUCCUCCCAAAGCAAAGUGUUUUUGGCUGUGUGCGUAACUUCAAGAUGAAUGGCACUCCCAUGCCAGAGCCAACCACCAAUCAUGGUGCUGGUCCCUGUUUUGACGGACAGACACAGAGUGGGGCCUACUUCUCAGGGAGAGGGGCAUAUGUCAUUAUUAAUGAUUCCUUUGUGGUGGGCUCCAGCUUUGAGGUGGUGUUUGACAUCCGUCCUAGGAGUCUGACUGGUGUUCUGCUCCAUGUGGGGGACUCCAGCAGGCCUCACCGUGGGCCCAGCACUGGACACCACCUCAGCCUCUACAUGCACAGAGGAGAGGUGGUGGCACGGGUGAACAACGGAGCUGGUGAAUUCAGCGUUUCCGUUCGCCCCAAGCAGCCCUUGUGUGACGGAAUGUUCCACAGAGUUGCAGUGAUCAAGAGGAACAACGUUGUGGAGAUGCAUGUGGACACUGAGGGUGAACACAAAAUAGGACCGUCUUCCUCCUCCUCAACUCUGACCAAAGACCCACUUUAUGUGGGCGGCAUUCCAGAAACGUCCAUGCACCCAACCCUCCCAGUCACAGGGUCCUUUGAGGGCUGCAUCCAGAACAUGAAGAUCAAUGAGGACCCGAUCUCCUUUGAGAGGCUCUCUGGGGUAUUCGGUCCACUCAACCUCAGAGAGUGUCCUGCUGGCUGAGUAGAAUCUACUCCAUGGCCACAUCCACUGUCCACUAGCCGCUGCGUGCAAUCUGUUACAAAAACAAAGAAUGUGUGUGUGAGAGAGAGAGAGAGAGGUGUCACAAGGAUAGUAAAACAAGGACAAUUUGGACAAGUGGGGACAUUUUGACAGUCCCCACUAGGAAAAAUGCUAUUUUUGGCUUAGGGGUUAGGUUUAGGUUUAGGGUUACUAUUAGGGUUAGAAUUAAGUUUGUGGUUACGGUUAGGUUUAGG